GUCAUGGAAAAUGAACGCAGCGCCGGCGCAGCAGCAGGCAUAUAUACCACAAAUGAUCCAAGCGAAUGACAUCGGGCAGUCGCAGGCAUUGAAAAAUACAGAGUCGAAGUCAGGCGAGUGGUUUCAGAAGCUCGACAGUUGCGUGCUCAUUGUCUUCGAGAUCAACGUCGAGCUGGCGAUUGAGUGGGUGGUCGAUCAGUUUUACGCGGUGUUCGCUUCGCUCGCCGAGCGCGAGUCGUUCGACUUGGCGGCCAGCGCUGGCUAUGGCAAUGGGGCGGAAGCUCUGCGACUAUUGGUGCGCCGCCGGGCCCCUGCGAGUCGCGGGCGUCGCCGCGCGUUGCUCAGGAAGAUUGCGGCGCCCGCCAGAGUCGCGAUGCUCGAGAACAGGGCGGGCGAGGUCGCGAAGCGGGAGGAGCGGAUCACGCGCCUCGACGACGGGAUCAAGAUGGGUGCGCUCGAGAGCCCCGGUCCUCAGCACGUCCAGAUGCACCGG